UUGGUCUAACUAAAAUGGCGAGCCUCAUGUAGGGGUCGAGAGUGAUUACAUGUCACAUUUUCAUCUCUUUUAGGUAGUUUAUUUCCUACCGAGUGAGCUAUCCUGGCAGCCAUGUUCACAAACAUAGCUCUGCGGACCGUCCUGAAGUCGUCAGUCGGUGUUUUGCGGGAGAGCGGCGCUCUGAGCUACGCCCGGUCACUGAAACCGUGGACAUGCAGCUCGGCUUCGUUAGCAGGACCGACAGUCAGCUGUGUUGCAGGUAGUUUUGCUGUUCCACCACCAAUGAGACAUUAUGCUGGGGCUGCAAAGAAAAGGAGGACGGCCUUUGAGAGUCAGCUCAGUGACCUUCCUCCAACACUGCUGAAGAUGGAUUACGCAGUUGUGCCCCUCGCUCAGACGACUGAUGAUGUCGUCAAAAGACUUCUGUCAUUGGAGUUGGCGAGUCAUAGUGAAAAACUGCAGCUGAAAAAGGAGCAGCUGGUCGCUAAAGUCCAGAGGGAUGAGAAUGACCGCAGCUCAGUGGAAGUCCGGGUGGCUCUUUUGACUGCAAGAAUCCGCAACUAUCAGGAGCACUUGCAGAAACACCACAAGGACAAAGCCAACAAGAGACGGAUGCUCAUGGCUAUUGACCGCAGGAAAAAGCUUUUAAAAAAUCUGAGGUUGGUCAAUUAUGACUCCUUUGAGAAAGUGUGCGAGCAGCUGGGCAUCACUUACACCUUCCCUCCAGAGUACUACAGAAGGGCCACUCGGCGCUGGCUGGCCAAGAAGGCCCUCUGCAUUAAGGUCUUCAAAGAAGUGCAGAAACAGAAGGCAGAGGAGCGGCUGCAGAAGAAGCAAAGUUUAGCCUCUACAGGCACCGAGGCAGCCAAGAUGACAGACUCUCAGACCUGAUAGAAGACAAUAUUCUGUAUAUAACCCCAACGUCUCUACUUUUACACCUUCAGAUGUGUGGCAUCGCUCCCUUUUUCAUGUGUUAUCCUCACAUAAUGUUGUUUUCUUUUGCCUUCAAGUUCAUUCAGGUCAGAAUUAAAUGGAAAUAAAAUGUCUCAGAAAGUUA